AUGGGCUGCCCCGAGCUAGACCAUGUGUCUCUUGCAGGCCCUCAGCUUCAGGUCGAGUUUUUCGAGGAGGUCGAUCGCGGUCUUGCUGGGGUAGCUCCAUUACCGCAGCGCGCCUGUUGGUCUUUGGAGUGGACCUGGGAGGUGGACGCCAGAGUGGCGAGUGCCGGGUGCGUGGACCUCCUUGCUCGGGUUGGGGCUUCCUUCGUCCGCAGGGGUGGAAGUUUUCGCGUGCUGGCAGACCCGGUCACGCCCCCCGACCUGCGGCUGACGUGCGAGGGCGCGGCCGCGCAGGACCAGAGGCCGACCGCAGGUCUGAGCACGUUUGGCGAGGGCAUGGAGUGGUUCCUGGGGGGCGUCCCGCCAGCGGGCCUCACCACCGAGCAGCACGCCGUGAUCAGCAACAGAUACGCCUACAACAGCCGCUGA